AUGGUUGUAAAAUCGAUGCUUCUUCGAAAAUCAGGGAGUGUACGCCGACCGUCGACCAUCGUCACCCCGAAAAGUGUUAGAAACGAGCUGAUCGUCGUGCCGUCUCAUCUUGGUGACGCUCAACGCGAGGACAUUUUAUGUGAGAGCGACAGCCGUGUUGUGGAUGUGAUCGACUUGGGAGCACCCGUCGAGCGCCGCAUGCGCACCGCCCCCGCCCGUUUGACGAGACCCAUCUACACGCCCAACCCGAGACUGUACCCGGGACAGGCGGUUUCCAAGCGCGCGGCCGCUCGACCGCGGGCCAGACGCAAACGCGUGUUCAGGCGCCCCGUGCCGAACUCGCGCUUGUACAGGCCCGCGCCGAGCCGACCAGCACCUGCGCCCCCUGCACCGCUCCGCCCUGCGGGCGCUUGGCCUGCGCCUUCUCGGGACCCGCGACCGUUAGAGACAGCCUCUCGCGUGGCCCUGAGUCUGCUGAGCUCGCCUUUGGUGUCGUCGCCGCCGCCCGACGGGCGCCUGCUCGUGACGUUGCCUCGUCUCACACACACCAUGGACACGGUGACGCGCCACUCGACCAGCCCCGAGUGUUCGGAAGGAAACGCGGCCCCGAGCGAGUUUCUUGCCGAGUUUUUGUCGGCGAUAAUGAGGCGCCAGUACGCCGAGGCGCUCAAGUACUGUCGCUUGAUUCUGCAGUACGAGCCGCAGAACGCGACCGCACGCGGAUUUUAUCCGCUUUUGCAGCACAAGCUGGACAAACAGCCCGAAGCAACUAUCGAGCCAGGAGAGACCAGCUCCAGUGACGAGGCGAACCCUCCGCGACUUUUCAAAAAUGCCGAGGUCGGCGGCGGUGCAGGCCAAUCUGGAGAAUCGGGUGAUUUGGAGGGGUCGGGCGAGACGGGAGAGGAGAGUGAGCCCGAGGAGUGGGAACGUUCGGGAGCGUCGUGCUCCUCCCUCGAGCUGGACUCGUCCCCCUCGCGCACCGACACUGCCCCCGCGCAGCGCUCCACCGACAGUGGCUGGUCUCCGAGCGAGAGCGGCGCGUCGAGGUCGGAGCGCGACGACAACGGCAACCCGGCGGCCGGCUUCGGCAAGUCUCGGCGUUCGCCUGCACACCUUUACGACGAAGACGAUGUCCAGAACGAUAACGCCGGCGGCGGGGGGGACUCGACCGCCCGCGAAGCGCUCCAGGAGAGCGCGUCGUCGCUGCAACGGCUUCGGGCGCAGUUCGCCUGUUCCAUCAAGUGA